GGCGCCGGCGCAGGCGGCGUCUCAACCGCCGCCCGCCUCGCCAAAGCCGGCUUCAAAGUCACCGUCCUCGAAAAGAACUCCUUCACGGGCGGACGCUGCUCCCUCCUCCACGCCUCAGGCCACCGCUUCGAUCAAGGGCCCUCUCUACUCCUCCUCCCGCGGCUCUUCCACCAGACCUUCGCCGACCUCGACACCACCCUCGAAGAUGAGGGCGUAAAACUCAUAAAAUGCGAACCGAACUACAAUAUCUGGUUCGGGGACGGUGGGAAAUUUCGCCUGAGUACCGACCUCGCGGUGAUGAAGCACGAGGUGGAGAAGUGGGAGGGCAAAGAGGGGUAUGCGCGGUAUUUGGAGUUUUUGGGGGAGAGCCACAAACACUACGAGUUGAGCGUGGAGCACGUGCUGCUGAAGAAUUUCACGGGCCUGCAGUCGAUGCUGCGUCUAGACUUCCUGCGGCAUCUGCUGGACCUGCAUCCCUUCGAGAGCAUCUGGAGCCGCGCGAGCCGGUAUUUCUGGACGGAAAGGUUGAGGAGGGUGUUUACGUUUGGGAGCAUGUAUAUGGGCAUGAGUCCGUUUGAUGCCCCUGGCACGUAUAGUCUGCUGCAGUAUACGGAGCUCGCAGAGGGGAUUUGGUAUCCUGUGGGUGGGUUUCAUCGGGUUGUGGAGGCGCUUGUGGGGGUUGGGGAGAGGUUGGGCGUGGAGUAUCGGUUGAGGACGGCGGUGAAGAGGAUAGUUUUGGAAGGGGACGGGAGGAGGGCUGUAGGGGUGGAGAUAGAAGGUGGGGAGGUGCUGAAGGCGGAUGUGGUGGUGAAUAAUUCGGAUCUGGUCUAUGCGUAUAACGAGCUGCUUCCGAGGGAGAGCUACGCGGAGAGUCUUGAGGAGAGGCCGGGCAGUUGUUCGAGUAUCAGUUUCUAUUGGGGGCUGAAGGAGAAGGUGCCGCAGCUGGAGGCGCAUAAUAUCUUCCUGGCCGAGGAGUAUAAGGAGAGCUUCGAUGCGAUUUUCAAGAAGCAUCUCAUCCCGGACGAGCCGAGCUUCUAUGUGAAUGUCCCCAGCAGAGUCGACCCAACCGCUGCGCCGGAACGGAAGGACACGCUGGUCGUCCUGGUCCCCGUCGGCCACCUCACUCACAACACAAGCUCCCCCAACACACCAUCCACAUCGAACGGCUCAAUCAAAUCCUCAUCCCCUCCAGAUCAACCCGGCCUCCCACCAACCCCCACCCAAGACUGGCCCACCAUGAUCGCCCUCGCGCGCAAAACCAUCCUCACCACAAUCGCCACCCGCACCGGCACAGACCUAACCCCCCUCAUCCUCACCGAACGCACCAACGACCCCACAACCUGGCAUCACACCUUCAACCUCCCCCAAGGCUCCAUCCUCGGCCUCUCGCACUCCUUCUUCAACGUCCUGUGUUUCCGUCCCAGCACCCGCGCGCGCCGCGCCGGACCCCUGGAUGCUUAUAUCAAGGAUCUGGGGGGGUUGUAUAUGGUGGGGGCGAGUGCGCAUCCGGGGACGGGGGUGCCGAUUGUGUUGGCGGGGGGACGGUUGGUUGCUGAGCAGGUUUGUGGGGAUUUGGGGGUGCGGGUGCCUUGGGGGGAGAAGGGGAGGGGGAGGGCUGUGGAAGAGGGGGAGAGGGGGACGUUGGAUCGGGUGGAGAAGCCGGGGUGGGGGGAUUUGAGGGGGCUUGUUGUUGUGUUGAUGCUGGUGUUGAUGUAUUUGAGGUCAUGA